AUGCGCAUUGCUAUAGCUGGUUCUGGCGCCAUGGCCAGGUAUAUCUGCGACGAAUUCCCCAAGUAUGGCCAUCAGGUUGUUAUACUGUCACGAAGCGAAAAGCCGAUCUUCAACGGCCGUCCCAACAUUUCGCAAGUUGUCACGGAUUACUCAGUUGACUCGUUGGUCGCUGCAAUCGACAACUGUGAGAUGUUGAUCUCCAUGAUCCUCUCCUAUGGAACUGAUUUCAUCGACGCGCACCUGAACCUAAUCAAAGCAUGCCAGCUCAGCCCCAAAUGCAAGCGUUUUGUCCCAUCCGAGUACGGGGGUGAUGUGGAGACCUACCCAGACAUGCCUCUCUUUUAUUACCACACGCGCGAGCCUAUCCGAAAGGCAUUGCGGGAGCAAUCGGAGUUGGAGUGGACAAUUGUUAGUGUCGGUUGGCUCGCGGACUAUGUGGUUCCUUCAAGGAACAGAUAUCUUGCUGAUAUUGGUCCGGCAUUUCCUAUCGACCUUGCAACGAACCAGAUUGUCAUCCCAGGUACAGGAAAUGACCAUAUUGACCUCACCGCGGCCCGUGAUCUUGCCGCAGCAUUGGCAAUGCUCGCCAAUGCACCUUCGUGGGAGCCCUAUCUCUACAUCUCCGGCGAAAAGACUACUUGGAAUGACCUUGCGAAACUUGUCCAGCAGCGAUACCCUAGUAUGACUGAAGUCAAACGGAUUGGUCUUGGACAGCUUCUCAAUACAAUUCAGACAUCGACGGAUGAAGAGGAGAUUUUGCUAUCACACUAUCAGAUAUCCACGCCACUAGGAGGCGGCUCGCUCGAUCCGGAAUUGGUGCAGCGUCAUCGCCGCAAGUUUUUUGCCGGGUUGCAUUUCCGGAAACCAGAAGAUCUCAUCAGAGAGGCAUUUACAAAUGGUAAUACUAUUGUUUGA